AUGGUGCAUUGCAGGCUUUGUGAAAGACGAAAAAAGAACUUUAGUAAUACCGAUUCAGUUACAGUUGUACAAAAACAACAUGUUCCAGCAAGUCUCGAAACAGGUGCAAAUUGUUCUCGAGAUGAAUGUUAUAAAUUGUUGCCUACAUGUCUAGACUGCAAACUAAAUGACAAUUGUACAUAUGGUGCUCAAAUAAAUGUAUCUUGCACAGUUCGGCCAAAUGUCGACUGCCACGGGAAUAGAGAGUUCUUUAGGGUAAUGACUUGCCAAUACUGCCACCAAACAGAACAUUGGGAGCAUACAUGCGCCCAAAAAGCAAACUGUAAUUCUAUAGCAACCCCCAAGCAGCAUUACAGGACGAACUGUACGGUGAACCCAGAUGUUCUAUGCCUUGGAAAAAGAAACUUUUUAAAAAAUGUUAAGUGUGAUUGGACCGGAGGAUAUCACUGGUCUACAGCUCUUAUACUUAGUAUAACACUUGGCGGUUUUGGUGCCGACAGAUUUUAUUUAGGCCAUUGGCAAGAGGGAAUUGGAAAGUUAUUCUCAUUUGGAGGAUUGGGAGUUUGGACGCUUAUUGAUGUUAUUCUAAUCUCAUUACAUUACUUAGGUCCUGCAGAUGGAUCUCUGUUUUUAUAACAAAUCAAUCUUCAUGACUUUGAUUGAACUGUUGCAGUGAUAAUAAGUGCUAAUAAUUUGUAGAUACAAUUUAAUGUUUUGAAGGGAUAAAUGAGGAAGAUGUCGAAGAAAUAAUUCAAUAAGCAGAGCAGUCUUUCUAAUGGUGACCUCAAGGAAUGAACUGAACAAGAAGGAAACAAAAAUGUUGACAGCAGUGAUUCAGCGG